UUACUCGUAGUGUGUCUCGCUCCAGCGCGACUGGACCGUCAAGUAGCGAUCAUCAAACGCAUUAACCGAGUGACGUCGGUAAUAUAUCAGCUCGGUGCGUAAAGCAUCAACUGCCAGUCCAUCGCUCGGUACCGAGCGGAGCAAAGGUAGUGUUGUUGUAGCGGGCAAGCGCAGCCCAUUCGCCUGCCGAAUCCAGUGAAAACCCAAUCGGUGCGCCCUACCGGACGGUGUGUCCGGUAAUUCUGUACGGCUUUUUGGCGAAUCAUUUUGCAUUGGAGCGAUAUUUCGGAAUUGCGAGUUCGGAUUGUUAUGCGUGUUUGGCAGUUGUACGUGCCGUUGUGUAGUAAUAAAGUCGACUGUUGGCUGGCCGAAGUGGACAAACCAAAGUUACAGUAACGAGUGGCUGGAUUAUGAAGCCAUUCGCAUACCUGUUGAUCGUUUGUGGAUGUUCGGUAUGGACGGCGCGGUCCCUGCCGCAGACGGUGGUAGAUCGUGACGCACUCACCGAGGAGCAGAUGGUGGCCGCUCUCGAGAAGUAUGAUCGUGAGGUUAAGUACCACUGUAAUCGCAAUGCAAUCGCCGACUGGAACGUAGCCACCGAUACGGAGAACGUGACACUACAAGAAGUGCAGAACAAUGUGUCACUGGAGUACGCCAAGUUCCGGAACGAUUACUACGAACAGUACUUUAAGGAUGCCAUCGUCGAGAGCUACAGCGACGAGAAGGUGCGGAAGCAGCUGCGCUCGCUAAAGGAUCUCGGAACGGCGGCCCUCCCGCCGGCAAAACUGGAGGCCUACAAUCGGGUAAUGCGCCGAAUGGAUUCAGCCUAUCAGCUGGCGGAGGUGUGCCCGUACGACAAUCAGAACUGUCAACCAGGGGACCCCAAGUGGACCCUUGAUCCGGAGCUCGAGCGUGUGCUGGCCGAGUCGACUGACUACGAUGAGCUGGAGUACGUGUGGCGCCGUUGGAGGGAUGAGUCGGGAAAACGGAUGCGCACAGAUUAUCAGGAGUACGUUGGGUACGUGAAUGAGGCGGCGCAUUCGAACGGUUACGAGGAUUACGGUGCUCUGUGGCGGUCAAAGUAUGAUGAUCCGAAACUACGUGAAACGUUGGAGCGUUUGUGGCGCGAAGUAGAACCACUGUACGAUGAGCUGCACACGUACGUGCGGUACCGUUUGUUCGAUCUGUACGGUGAGCGAAUGGACCGAGACAAUCCAAUGAUACCGGCCCAUCUGCUCGGCAAUAUGUGGGCACAAUCGUGGACCAAUCUGUACGAUCGCCUUAAACCCUUCCCGAACGGCAGUCUGGUCGAUGUGACGGCCAAGAUGCAGCAGUUGGGCUACAAUGCGACCAAGAUGUUCAUGAUGUCCGAUGAGUUUUAUCAGAGCCUGGGAUUGCCGAGUAGUGCCAUGAGCUACGGACCGAAGGCGGUGAUCGAGAAGCCACCGCAGAAGAUCGUGUGUCAUGCGUCGGCCUGGGAUUUCUGUGAUGGCGAGGACUUCCGCAUCAAGAUGUGCACGAACGUGAACAUGGAGGACUUUAUCACCGUGCACCACGAGAUGGGCCACAUCAUGUACUAUCUGCUGUAUAAGGAGCAACCGCAGCUCUUCCGGACUGGCGCUACGCCCGCUUUCCACGAAGCGGUCGGUGAUACGAUCGCACUGUCGGUGGCCACUCCGAACCACCUGCGCAAGGUGGGUUUGCUCGAUGAGUACGCCGACAGUGAGGCGGACAAUGUGAACGCCCUGUUCGAGAUGGCGCUUGAACGGGUAGCGUUCUUACCGUUCGGUUAUCUGAUCGAUAUGUGGCGCUGGGAUGUGUUCAGUGGUGCGGUCAACGAGAGCAACUGGAACGCCCACUGGUGGAAGCUUCGGCAACAGUACCAGAAGGUGUACGCACCGAUCGAACGCAGCGAGCAGGAUUUCGAUCCGGGUGCAAAGUAUCACAUUCCGGCCAGCUCCCAGUACAUCGCUUACUUUCUGGCACACAUUCUCGAGUUCCAGUUCUACCGGUCGCUCUGCGUUGAAGCAGGACAGUACGAUCCAACGAGCAGCAACACGGAACCGUUGCACAAGUGUGACUUUUACGAGAGUAAAGCGGCGGGUGAGAAAUUGCGCCAAGGAUUGUCGUUGGGAUACAGCGAAGAUUGGCAGGAUGCGCUCGAGAAACUAACGGGCCAGCGGGAAAUCAGUGGCCAGGCGCUGCUGGAGUACUUUGAGCCGUUGUAUCGGUUCCUGAAGGAGGAGAAUCGUAAGUUCAAAGCCGCGGAGAUGGAUCACAUCGUCGACCGGUACAAUGAAGAGUAUUCGGUGGCCUGCAAUCGGCAGGUGAAGGCUCAGUUCGCGACGCAGGUUGAUGUCGGCAAUACGACGCUUCAGCAGCAACUUUCCGAGGUGCUCGCCACCAACACACAGUUUGUGUUGGACAACUACUAUCGCUACUUUGCCGACAUGGAUCCGAAUGCGUUCGCCGAUCCGAUGGUAAGCCGGCAGUUGAAGUUUUUGACGCAGAUAUCGAUCAACAAAUUGUCGUACGAGGAUCGUAGUAAGCUACAAGGUGCACUCGGUAGGAUGCAGAACACCUACAGCACGGCCAAGAUCUGCCCGUACACCGAUCAGCAGUGUGCGAGCGGUAAACUAUCGCUCGAUCCGGAACUGUACGAGAUUAUGGCCAAAUCGGCGGACUAUGAUGAGCUGCUGUACGUGUGGUCGGAAUGGCGUCGAAACACUGGCCGUACCAUGCGCCGUGACUAUGCCGAUUACGUGGAGGUGAUGAACCGUGCGGCCAGUUACGGUGGCUACGCAAACAUGGGCGAACAGUGGCGUGCGGCUUUCGAGCAGGAUGAUUUCGUGGAGACGAUGGAACGGCUGUGGAGUGAAGUCGAACCGUUCUACGGUGAGCUGCACAAGUACGUUCACCGACAGCUAAAGGCCAUCUACGGUAGUCGCAUGACGGAAGGCAAGGAUACCAUUCCGGCCCAUCUGCUCGGUAACAUGUGGGCCCAAUCGUGGGCUAAUCUGUACGAGCGCACGAAACCUUUCACCGGUACGGUCGAUCUGGACAUUAGCGAGACGCUGAAGGCGAAAAACUACACCACGAAGCAGUUGUUUGAGAUUGCGAACGAUUUCUACGUGGGGUUGGGGUUGCCGGAUAACAGCAUGAGCUACGACGUGAGCCGUGGUGCGUUGAUCGAGAAACCGACGGAUCGUGUUGUCACGUGUCACGCAUCGGCCUGGGACUUUUGCGAUCGUGAGGACUAUCGCAUCAAGAUGUGCACCCGGAUGAACAUGGAGGACUUUGUGACGAUCCAUCACGAGAUGGGCCACAUCAACUACUACAUCCUGUACAAGGAUCAACCGGUGACGCUACGCAGUGGGGCCAAUCCUGGGUUCCAUGAAGCCGUCGGGGAUACCAUCGCGCUAUCGGUGGCCACACCGAAGCACUUUGAGAAGAUCGGUUUACUGGACGGGUACGUCGAUACGCACGAGGUGAACAUCAAUGCGCUCUACCAGAAGGCACUGGAUCGGGUAGCGUUCCUGCCGUUUGGGCUGCUGAUCGAUAUGUGGCGCUGGGAGGUGUUCUCCGGGAAGGUUUCGUACGAUCGGUGGAACCAGCGGUGGUGGGAAUUGCGCGAGAAGUACCAGAAGGUGUCAGCACCGGUCGAACGGGAUGGCGAAGAUUUCGAUCCCGGUGCAAAGUACCAUAUUCCGUACGAUAGUCAGUAUGUGUCGUACUUUAUCGCGCACAUUCUCGAUCUGCAGCUACACAAGGCGCUCUGUCUGGUGGCCAAUCAGUACGAUCCACAGGAUCCGGCCAAACCGUUGCACAAGUGCGAUAUCGAUGGAUCGCGUGCGGCUGGUGAUCGGCUGCGGGCCGGUCUGUCGCUUGGCCGAUCGGUACACUGGUCGGAAGCGCUAAAGGCGAUGACGGGCGAGACGGAGCUGCGGACCGAUGCACUGCUCGAGUACUACAAACCGUUGUACGAGUUUCUGAAGGAAGAGAACGCCAAAGCGGGCAGCGCGCGUACGACUGGUGGGUCGAUGUUGGCGUUCGUGAUGCUAUGCGGAGCGAUGGUGGUUGCUGCCUCUCGGCUGCAUUAAGCAAACUACUAUGAAUGAGUCUUUCACGUUCCUUUCUCCCAGCCCAGACCCGUUGAACGUUUACGUAAUACGAUGAAUGAAGCGGAACUCGUUUGUUUUGUUGCCGCUUGAUUCACACUCUAUGCUGAGCAUUAACCCCGCGUCGAUUGUAUGUAAAUAGAUAGAUGGAACGGCACGGUUGAGCGAGUGGCAGACGGGCAGACGGACUUAUCACCGGAAGCGUUUGGUUUGGCUGCUGGUGCAGGGUGGUGAAUGGUCAAUGCUUCGUGAAAGCGAACUGGCGUCGGUAUUGCGAUGGUCAGUGAACGCCAAUUGAUAGCGUUAACGAGGUUAAUUUAACGUCACCGAAGGUUCCAAGCGUCCGGGGGUCUGUCGCGUCUAUCGGCGCGAGUUGCCAUCAGCAAUAGUGGCAUGUUCUAUUGUUGCAAUAUGACUAUUAAGUAAACAGGGAAUAAAGUUCUACAAUAAAGAAACUAUGUUAAA